AUGGCCUACGACCGCUACGUUGCCAUCUGCAGACCCCUGCACUAUGGCACCCUCCUGGGCAGCAGAGACUGUGCCCACCUGGCAGCAGCUGCCUGGGCCUGUGGAUUUUCUUAUGCUCUGCUGCACACAGCCAAUACCUUUUCCCUGCCCCUCUGCAAGGGCAAUGAUGUGGCCCAGUUCUUCUGUGAAAUCCCUCAGAUCCUCAAGCUCUCCUCAAGCUGCUCCAGAGCCUACCUCAGGGAAGUUUGGCUUAGUGUGGUCAGUGCCUGGUUAUUAUUUGGCUGCUUUGUGUUCAUUGUGGUGUCCUAUGUGCAGAUCUUCAGAGCAGUGCUGAGGAUGCCCUCUGAGCAGGGACGCCACAAAGCCUUUGCCACCUGCCUCCCUCACCUGGCUGUGCUCUCCCUCUUUAUCAGCACUGUCCUGUUUGCUUACCUGAAGCCUCCCUCCAUCUCCUCCAAGUCCCUGGAUCUGGUGGUGGCAGUUCUGUACUCCGUGGUGCCUCCAGCAGUGAACCCUCUCAUCUACAGCCUGAGGAACCAGGAGCUGAAGGCUGCCCUGAGCAAACUCCUGGAGGAGAGGAGG